UUGUAAUGUCAUAAUAUGUCAAAAUUCAGUGGAUGAAAAUUAGAAAAACGUGUUGUGUGUGUUUAUUUUCAAACUAAAAGUAGUUUUCCUUACUGGAACGGCUGGAAAAGCCAUGUCAGAUUCAAGGGAAAAACAAUCUGCCACAAAUGGCACCAGCAGCUCUGUAACAGACCCUUUACAGAGGCUGUCUUCAUUCAAAACACCCAGGGAUUUAUCUUUGGGUGGAGCUAAACCAAGUAAAAAAGUGUUCACUCCUAAUUUAAAUAUUUCUAGGAACAAGAAAGGACCUAAUCUACCAACAGUCACCAGGGAUAAAAGUCAUGAUAAAGGCAAAAAAGAUAGAAAGAGUGACCGAAAUAGAAACAUUAAAAAUGGCCCUAACAUUAUCAAAUCUAGUGGAGUCUUCUCUGAGGGUGUGGCAGCGUCAGAGAUCAGGUCUUCCCGAGCCUAUGUUGGUGGGAGCAGAGACAGUGAUGCUGCUCCUGUUCUACAGAAACCAUUCAUCAGAGUCAAAGAUGUCUACAAGAUAGACAAAGAGCUGGAAGAGCAGAAGAUCAGGUCUGCGCUGGGCGCGGCGGCGGAGGAGGCGAGCGACGAGGAGGCGCCCGACGCGCUCGCCGACAGCGACGCGCCCGUGCGCCUGCCGCUCAGUGACGGAGGCUGGUUGCACAGCAAACCUAAGGCGUCAAUCAAGGUUAAACAAGAAGUUAUUAUCAAGGAAGAACCAACAGAAGAUUGCAGCAUGCCAUCUGUUGAGGAGAAGAAAGCCAUUCCCGAUGUGAAGAAGGACGUCAGUGAAGAAACAGACAUCGUGAGCUUGCUGCGCAGUGAUAAACCCACACUUAUUAUGUUACAGUUCCCAGACACGCUCCCCGGGCGCGCGGCCGCCCCAGAAGAUGACGCGCCCAAGCGGAGAGACAAUUCGCAGCCGAGCAGCAGCACGGAGCCCGCCACUGAGGAUAGUGAGGAGAAACCUGACCCGGACCGGUGUCGGCUGGCGGACCUGCAGGAGGGCCGCAUGGGCAAGCUGCUGAUCCACCGCUCCGGCAGGGUUGAGAUACAGCUCGGGGACACCAUGUUUGAUGUGGCAGCAGGCACUCCAUGCUCGUUCAGACAAGAAGCAGUCUCCGUGGCCGUGGACGAGGACUCCAGAUCCGCCAACCUGGUGUCCCUUGGGGCGCUGCCUCACAAGCUCAACAUACUGCCUAACUGGGAGGCUCUGCUGGCAGACAUGGCAUUGUACUAGGAUCGUUGUCUAGUUUGUAAGCAAUAAAUGUAACCGACUGAAAUGUU